AUGUGCUUACUUGUUCCAUGGCAUGCCCUCAUAUUCACCACACUAAGGAAGCCAGACUGGAAGCCACUCGAGAAAGUUGCUGGCAGUACUAUGCAAGAUGCCAAGGACAAGCUGGUUGCAUAUGCACUGGCACCACAGUCAUUUAUUGAAGGCAUUCUCAGGAAAUAUAUUGAUUCCAUGCCAGAUGACUCAGAUGAUGAACUUGCUGCAAAGUCAUUGACAGGUGACCUUAGCAUCAUAGAGGACACUAUUGCUACAGUUGAGAAAAUUCACAGCAAGGCACUCAAAGGCCAAGUGGCCAUCUAUGAGAUGUGUGGUGUCUGUCCAGAAUGUGUACUUGACUGCAGAUUGUUACAAGAUAUCAUGCUGCUCAACUCCAAGCUCUUUUGGGAUUGCAGCCAUUCAUUCAGCUUUGAUUUUGGAUCCCCACCAGUGAGGUGCAGCAAUAACACUGAGGAAAUCAUUCAAGCCAGUGCAGGAACAAACCCAGCAGUCUUGGGAAUUGAUCCCUUCCUCCAGGGAUUGGGGGACAUCCAGUACAUGUACAUGAGAUCCACCAAUGAAUCGCUUCAGGGUGAUACUUGCUGCUUAAGAUCAGAUAAAAUUGGCAAAGCCUCAGACUCUUCUUCUCAAUCAGUGGUAGAGUUCAGCACCUCAGAAGAACACUGGGGCAUUCCAGAAAUCUGGAUCAGCAGCACUGUCAACUUGCAUGCUGGUAUCACCAGUGGAGAUAGUGGAACAUCCUGGGCUGUGUGGUGGUGA